AAAAUAUCGCGAGGCCAUCCACGACAUGUGCUGAAUCAGGAAAUAUAAACACGAAAGCGAAGUUUCUUUAAAGCAUAGUAUUAAGUUCGACCAGUCGACCACCGUAGAACAUGGCUGACACCGAAGAUAUUACGAAAAGGCGAGAAGAAUGCGAAAGAAAGGCAAGAAGAGGGGAGAUGGACCCCCGAUUGGAGUUCACCUUCCAGCUCCUGAUUGAUGGUACUGGUCUACCAAGACACGCUAUCAUGGACCAUGUGUUUGAGGGAAAUAUGUUGGAUGACAUCAAUCAGCUUUUCCUCCCUCAUAUGAGGAAUAAGUUGCUUUGGUACUAUCAAGAUAUAGAAGAAAUAGAGCCUCGGCCUCAACCAGAGACAACGAAGCCAAGACAGCAAGGCCAAGGAAAACAACCCCCACCUCAAGUCACACUAAAAAAGAAACUAUUUCUAUCAGAUGGCUGGGAUGUCAAAUUUACAGGCAUAUGUGUAUACAUGUUUCGUAUUAAUGUCAGUAAACAGCUGCCUGAAGAAGGCUUUCACAAAGAUUUAUUUUGUGGGAUCUUAAACGCAGAGCACGUAGGGCUAGUAACAGCGAUCGAACGAGUCAUGGAACAUGUGUACAUGAGUGCACUGGCCCAUCCAAGUACUGAUGGUGAUGAAGAUGAAACAAAAUUUCCUAUAGUAAAGAAUCAGCUACUACCAGGCUUACGAUCCUUUUGUAGUGCUCUAAAAGUGUGUGAAGAUGUGUGUAACCAGAUUAAUCUGUUCGAUGAUGGUCAAGCCUUAAUGGCAAAUAUAAAUGAUGCCACUGAACUGAAAGAAAUGACAAAAAAUGCAAACACCAUAACUAUGUUAGAGGAACGUGUCUACGAAUGGAUUAAGAAAAUUAUGGAAAUUCUGAGUGAGAGUGAACAACUACGGCGAGAAGUUGAUUCUAGUGGUCCGCAGGAUGAACUGGAAUAUUGGAAGAAAAGAGGGGCGCAGUUUUCACAACUCGUGUCCUAUUUGCAGGACAAAGAGGUGCAACUUACGCUAUCGUGUCUACAAGUUGCCAAUUCUAAAGUUAUAAAACUAUGGCGUGAAACUGAUCAUAAAAUAACGUUUUGCUACAAUGAGGCUAAAGAUAAUGCAAAGUUUAUUCAAGCGAUGGAAAAAUGUUGCCAUUCGUUAUAUCUUGAUGACCCAGUUAAAAUAAAGGAUUCUAUUCUAAGUCUGAUACAAACAGUUCGAUUAAUACAUAGUGUUUCGCAAUUUUAUAACACGUCUGAAAGGAUUUCGUCACUCAUGGUAAAAAUUACUAAUCAAAUGAUCGAGACAUGCAAACAAUACAUUACAUGUCGCUUUAAAGAAACUAUAUGGUCACAGGAACGAAAUCUUGUUAGAGAGAGAUUAACACAUUGCAUAAAUCUAAACAAAACGUAUAGAGAUACGUAUAUAUUUGUUAAAAAUCAACCAUUCUUACCGAAUACAGAACAAUUUAGUUUUUCUGAGAACUAUGUGUUUGGAAAAUUUGAUACAUUUUGUAAAAGAAUAAAUAAAAUUGUUGCAAUGUUUGAUCUUAUGGAUGAUUACAAUCAUUUGUUUGAAAAGCGCAUGGAGGGUCUCCUCUUAGGAGAAGAUUUAGAAGAUGCUAUGCACGCUUUCGGAGAAGCAAAAAAAGUAGUUACGACAUGUCAAUAUGAUUAUCUGGACUACCGAAACAAUGAUUUUGAUAAAGAUUAUAAAGUUUUUCAAGACAAAACAAACGCACUGAGGGAAUCUAUAGGAAAAACAAUAGAAAUAAACUUUUCCAGUGUUUGGGAAACCCCUCAAGGAAUAAAGUUUUUAACUAGGUUCGAGAAGGUCAGCCAAAAGAUACAAAUUACGAAACUCAGCGAGAAAUACGAUCGUGUACUAAAAUACAGCGAGAAAGAAGUUGAUAAAAUAAUGAAACUGUUUAAGAAACAAAAAGAAGACCCCCCUCUUCCCAGAAACUAUUCGCCUGUAGCAGGACGAAUAAAAUGGGCGCGCUGUUUGAUGUACAAUAUGACUGAGACUGUUGAAAGUGUGUGUGCUCACCCAGUAUUGAGGACCCUGCCGGCUUCAGUAGACAUGAUGCGCAAAUAUCAAAAUACUAGAACACUCAUACGUGACUAUGAAGAAACAAUGAAAGCUGUUUGGAUGAAUCAAAAUAUGUGGGAUGUAGAUGACAGUUUAAAUAACACAUUGCUUAAAAUCGAUGACGCUGGACAGAUUAAUGUCAACCUUGAUCACACUAUCAAAUUGUUGAUCCGAGAAUCAGAUUGUCUCGUUAAAAUGGGUAUUGAUUUACCGAUUGUAUGCCAUUCAUUGUACGCAAAGCAAAAUUACUUUACACUCGUCAAUGAUUCUUUGCAGUUUCUAAUAGAAGAUUACUUACGUUGUGUGCGUCAAGUGAAACUAGAAGUCAGACCCUUACUUCUUCCUCAAGUAGUUCGACUAUCCUCUCUUCUCCUUCCUGGUUUGCGGACUGUUACAUGGACGAGCGAAAACUGGAGAGAGUUCAUUGAUAAAGCAAACUGUGCAAUUAAGAGUUUUGAUGUAUUGGUUACAAGAGUUCACGACAUUUAUUCCAAUAGAAUCAUCUAUGUACUGAGUGGAAUGCAGGAUGUUUCAUUAAUCAAUUUACCCGAGGAGACUCCUUGGACAGUGGACGAAUUCAUCGAAAAUGUCGAAUCAAACUGUCGGAAUGCAUGCGUCGAAUUAAAUCGUAAAAGUUUAAUGGUUGAAGAAGCCGUAGAAGAAGUAUUAGAUCUUGUAAGGAAAGCCGCGCAGCAAAUAAAACCAGCUGAAAUCAAUCCGGACUUUGAACUUCUCAUAACUGACGAUGAAACACAAGCUGGCAGUGGUACAGCAUCAACUAUUAACGAAUCAACAAGCAGUGGUCAGCAGGAUUGGUCAUCGGUAUGGGAGUGUUUUGAGAACCCCCACAGAUUACUUUCGAUACCUGCCGGUGGGCUCUCUAAAAGUAUGCAAGAAAUGGUGAAAAAUGCAGUCUUUGAAAUGCGACGAUACUACAGCCGAAAAGUAGUGGACGUUCUAAUAAAGGUUACGAGACGAGCUUUGGAUUUAAUUAUCAAACAAUUCACACAGGAUGAACUAACAGGUCAAAAAAAUGAACCCAUGUUCCUAUUAUCCGCUGCGCUAAUUAUUCCGAAUGUGAUUGUGAAGCCUACAUUAGAAGAAAUCCAAGAGGUUCUUAUUUUAGCUGGAAAGCAUAUAUCAGGACUAUCAAAGGGAGUGGCUCAGUGGACGGGAGGCAAAUCCUCUGUGCACAUACCUAUCCAGGUUAGCUGGAAGAAACUGGCCGGUCACCAGCCAAACCAACUGUUUGAAUUAGUGAACAAGAUUGACGAACAACAGGUUCAAUCAGUGGCAGCUCCCAUGAACGUAGCAAAGUCUAUGAAGAUUAUAGAUGCUACUAAAAUAAAGAAAAAGAAGUAUUAUAGAUUGGAAUCAGAGGAGAAGCCAAUAUUUCCAUUCCAACAGAAGAAUUUUUAUGGUCUGAUAAUGGAAAAUAAAGAAAUAAUAAAAACUUUAACACUCUUAUCCAUGUGUACGCAGAACAUUAAACUAGAAUUAAAUACAUUGGUGAAGCGGUGGCGACCAUACCACUAUUUAUGGAAAUGCGAGAAAACUUUGCGACAACUUUUGUCGUGGAAUUUAAAUGAUUUUGAACUGGCUCUAAAACGACACAGCGAGUUGGAAGCAAAACUUACAACUGAACCAGAAGUAGUUAUCAUUGGUAACUGUAUGGCAGUAUCCACGGAAAAAUUAAAGUUGGGUCUUAUGACAGAGCUGAAGAAUGGAACACAUAGAAUAAGCCAAGCAAUGCGAAAGAAGUAUAAACGUGAAAUGGACUAUGUGUACGCAAUAAUGAAUGAUUUAGAAAGAAAAUUAGAAAGACCUAUUCGAGACCUAGAUGAUGUGAGAACAGUUAUGGAAACUUUGAAAAAAAUAAGAGAGCAAGAGGUGGACAUGGAAUUGAAAAUAGACCCUGUUGAAGAAGCUUUCAAUGUGAUAACAAGAUAUGAACUUCCGGUUAAUAAGGAAGAUUUGGAACAGGUUGAUAACCUUAGGUACACAUGGCAACGACUACAAGCCACGGCGUUGGCUUCUCAUGUACAACUCCUGAAUAUGCAACCGCAGUUCGAAAGUGAUUUAAACAAUAAUCUUGAUAAGUUCAGAGCCGACAAUGCUGACUAUUGUCAUGAAUAUCGUCAUGCUGGUCCGAUGCAGUCGGGCUUAAGUCCAAGGGAGGCCUCUGAUCGAUUAAUAUUAUUCCAGAAUCGAUUUGACGUUAUGUGGCGUAAGCUACAAACUUAUCAAAAUGGAGAGGAGCUGUUUGGGCUACCCCACACUGAGUACCCAGAGCUUGCCCAAAUACGGAAAGAGCUAAAUCUUUUACAGAAGUUAUAUAAGUUAUACAAUGACGUCAUCGACAGAGUCAGCAGUUAUUACGACAUACCAUGGGGAGAAGUCAAUAUAGAAGAAAUAAAUAACGAACUAAUGGAAUUCCAGAAUAGAUGCCGGAAGCUUCCGAAAGGUUUAAAGGAGUGGCCUGCCUUCUUUGCUCUCAAAAAGACUAUCGACGACUUUAAUGAUAUGUGCCCCCUUUUGGAACUAAUGGCUAAUAAAGCUAUGAAGCCUCGACAUUGGCAGCGUAUAAUGGAAGUAACAAAAUAUAAUUUUGAGCUAGAUAAUGAAGACUUUUGUUUGAAAAACAUUUUAGAAGCACCAUUAUUGCAAAAUAAGGAAGAUAUUGAGGAUAUUUGCAUAUCAGCCAUGAAAGAGAAAGAUAUCGAAGCUAAACUUAGACAAGUUACCAACGAAUGGUCAGUUCAUGAGCUGACUUUCCAAACAUUUAAUAACAGAGGAGAAUUACUCCUAAGAGGUGACACAACAGCAGAAACAAUUGGACAAUUAGAAGACAGUCUCAUGAUUUUGGGAUCUCUAUUGUCAAAUCGGUACAACGCUCCGUUUCGAAAACAAAUACAACAAUGGUUAUACGAUUUGCAAAGUACAAACGAAAUAUUAGAAAGAUGGCUUUUAGUUCAAAAUAUGUGGGUUUACUUAGAAGCGGUUUUUGUUGGAGGUGAUAUUGCUAAACAGUUGCCAAAAGAAGCGAAACGUUUUUCAAAGAUCGACAAGUCAUGGCAAAAAAUAAUGCAACGUGCCCACGAAACUCCUGGCGUGGUAUCAUGUUGCGUUGGUGAUGAUCUUCUCAAGCAACUACUGCCACAUUUGCAAGAACAAUUAGAACUUUGCCAAAAAAGUCUGAGUGGAUAUUUAGAAAAGAAGCGAACAAUGUUUCCUAGAUUCUUCUUUGUUUCUGAUCCAGCGUUGCUAGAAAUUCUGGGGCAAGCGUCAGAUUCUCAUACAAUACAAAACCAUCUCCUUUCCAUAUUUGACAAUAUCCGAUUCGUUAAGUUUCAUGACAUAGAGUAUAACAAGAUGGUUGCUAUAGUAUCAUCAGAAGGUGAAGAAAUCAAAUUAGAGCGACCAGUUCGUGCAGAAGGUUCAGUUGAGACAUGGCUUACGUCCUUACUACAGUCGGCCCAAAGUAGUCUCCACUCUAUAAUUCGAAAUGCUGUAUCAUUCAUUAAUGACCCUACAUUUAACCUUCUUAUGUUUCUUGAUAAAAUGCCAGCUCAGGUUGGUCUCUUGGGUAUUCAGAUCAUUUGGACUCGAGAUGCAGAAUUAGCACUAAUGCAAGCAAGGCAGGAUAAAAAAAUAAUGUUGGAAACUAACAAUAAAUUUCUCGAACUUUUGAAUACUCUCAUCGACCAGACAACCAGGGAUUUGCUAAAAAUUGAAAGAAUUAAAUUUGAAACUCUUAUUACGAUUCAUGUACAUCAGAGAGAUAUAUUUGAUAUGCUGUGUCGUCUGAACGUUCGCUCAGCAAGCGAUUUUGAAUGGCUGAAGCAAUGCAGGUUUUACUUUAAAGAAGAUGCAGAUAAAACUUGGAUAUCGGUCACGGAUGUUACAUUUACAUACCAAAAUGAAUACUUGGGGUGUACGGAGCGCCUUGUUAUUACACCAUUGACUGAUAGAUGCUAUAUCACAUUAGCACAAGCUUUAGCAAUGAGUAUGGGAGGUGCCCCAUGUGGACCUGCUGGUACGGGGAAAACAGAAACCGUCAAAGAUAUGGGGAAAACCCUCGCCAAAUAUGUUGUUGUCUUUAACUGCUCCGACCAGAUGGACUAUAGAGGCCUUGGACGCAUUUACAAAGGUCUGGCGCAGUCAGGCUCUUGGGGAUGUUUUGACGAAUUCAAUCGAAUUGAAUUGCCAGUUCUGUCCGUAGCUGCUCAGCAAGUUGCAGUCGUCCUUGCUGCUAAGAAGGAAAAAAAGAAAUCCUUCCUCUUUACGGACGGUGAUAUGUCCGAGAUGUGCCCUGAAUUUGGAAUAUUUAUAACAAUGAAUCCUGGAUAUGCUGGUCGAAAGGAAUUACCUGAAAAUUUAAAAAUACAAUUUCGCACAGUUGCCAUGAUGGUUCCCGAUCGACAAAUUAUUAUACGAGUAAAACUUGCUUCCUGUGGUUUCCUUGAAAAUAUAACACUUGCUAGAAAAUUUUAUACCCUUUAUAAGUUAUGUGAAGAACAACUUACGAAACAGGUACACUACGAUUUCGGUCUCAGGAACAUAUUAUCAGUGCUUCGAACCCUUGGAGCUGUUAAAAGAAUUAAUGCCAAAGAUAAUGAAAGUACAAUAGUGAUGAGGGUUUUACGAGACAUGAACUUAUCUAAGCUCAUUGAUGAAGAUGAACCAUUGUUUAUAUCUCUUGUUGCCGAUUUGUUUCCAAAUCAAAUGUUGGAAAAAACUACUUACCCUGACCUUGAAAAAGCAAUAAAAAAACAGGUCGAUAUGAAUGGUCUAACCUAUCAUCCACCAUGGGUAUUAAAAAUAAUUCAGUUAUACGAAACACAGCGAGUAAGACAUGGUAUAAUGGUUCUUGGUCCACCUGGUGCAGGAAAAACUACUUGUAUUCACACUGUAAUGAGUGCCCUAUCAGAGACUGAAAACCUCCACAGAGAAAUGCGAAUGAAUCCCAAAGCAAUAACAGCAGCGCAAAUGUUUGGUCGUCUAGAUGUCGCUACUAAUGACUGGACCGAUGGCAUUUUUUCUGCUCUAUGGAGAAAAACUCUUAAAAUCAAAACAGGGGAACAUAUUUGGCUAGUUUUAGAUGGUCCAGUUGACAGUAUUUGGAUAGAAAACCUAAAUUCUGUUCUUGAUGAUAACAAAACACUAACUCUUGCGAAUGGCGAUCGUUUAACAAUGUCACCUACAUCUAAAAUUAUAUUUGAACCAGAAAAUAUCGAUAAUGCUUCUCCAGCGACAGUAUCAAGAAAUGGAAUGGUGUAUAUGAGCUCUUCUGGCUUAGAUUGGGAACCAGUUUUAAGUGGUUGGCUGAGAACAAGAUCAAUUCGAGAAAAUGAAGUAUUUAGUUCGUUGUUCGAACAAACUUUUCCAAACACCUACACGUGGUGUACUCAAAAUCUUUCGUUUAGUAUGAGAGUUCUUCAAAGUAACAUUGUUUCUCAAAUUUUAAAUCUAUUAGAAGGGCUAGUUCCACCGCAGAUUGUUGAAACUGAAGAACAGUCUGCAAGUAAGUCGAUAAAUGGAGAUAUUGACGAUGAUGAGGACAAGGAAAAAAGUGAAGAAGUAGUACUGUACACCCCCGAACAUUUACAUAAAAUUUAUGUAUUCAGUUUAACUUGGGGUUUUGGUUCUCUUUUUGAGACUGACGAUAGAACAAAGUACGAUAAAUAUUUACGAGUCACAUUUAGUGAUAUUUUAGAUAUUCCAAAACAUCCGAAUAAUAAACCUAGCAUUAUAUUUGACUUUUAUGUAAAAUCUAAUGGAAAGUGGGAAUUAUGGGACGAUUUAAUCACUAAUUAUCAGUAUCCUGAUACUGCUACACCUGAUUAUUCAAAUAUUUUGGUCCCAAUUACUGAUAACGUUAGAGUUAGUUACCUUAUUCAUUGUAUUGCAAAACAAGGUAAAGCAGUAUUGUUGUUGGGAGAACAAGGUUCUGCAAAAACAGUUAUGAUGAAAGCGUAUAUGAAAAAGGCUAACCCCGAACAGUUUAUGGGUCGAUCAUUCAAUUUUUCAUCUGCAACAAGUCCUUACCAAUUCCAAAAAACUAUUGAGAGCUAUGUAGAAAAACGCAGUGGUAUGACUUUUGGCCCUCCUGGUGGAAAAAAGAUGCUUGUAUUCAUAGAUGAUAUAAACUUACCCCAGAUUAAUGAAUGGGGUGAUCAAAUAACAAAUGAAAUCGUACGUCAAACAAUGAGUAUGGGAGGAUUUUACAGCUUAGAGAAACCCGGAGACUUUACUACUAUUGUAGACAUACAAUUUUUGGGAGCCAUGGGACAACCAGGUGGUGGAAGGAAUGAUAUUCCCUCUCGACUCAAACUGCAAUUUUCUAUAUUCAACUGUCCUCUACCUAACAAUGAAUCUAUAGAUAAGAUUUUUAAAGUAAUAGGAGAAGGUCAUUAUAAUAUUAAACGAGGUUUUACGGUAGAAGUUCGUACUCUUAUAAAAAAAAUUAUUCCACUUACACGAGAGCUUUGGGCAAGAACACGAUUGAAUUUAUUACCAACUCCUGCAAAAUUUCAUUAUGUGUUCUCUUUGAGAGAUCUUUCGCGAGUAUGGCAAGGAAUGGUAGGAACCUUGCCAACAGUAAUAGAAUCAGAAAAAUGUUUAAUGCUUUUAUGGAAGCAUGAGUGUUCUAGAGUUUUUUCAGACAGAUUUACACAUCAGGCUGAUAAAGAUUGGUUUAACAAGGUUUUGUAUGGUAUAACAGAGGAAAUUCUUGGCCCAGAAUAUAAGAAAAUGAUGGAAAAAGAGCCCGUUUUCGUAGAUUUUAUGAGAGAUGCUCCUGAGCCCACUGGAGAAGAAGGCGAAGACGCUGAUAUGGAAUUGCCAAAAGUCUAUGAACCAGUAUUUGAUUAUAGUGAACUCAGAGAUCGAUUGGAAAUGUUUUUAUCACAAUUUAAUGAAAUGGUUCGUGGUUCUGGUAUGGAUCUUGUAUUUUUUCCAGAUGCCAUGUUACAUUUAGUAAAAAUAUCACGAGUAAUCCGACAUCCCCGUGGAAAUGUUAUGCUAGUAGGCGUCGGUGGAUCUGGCAAACAAUCAUUAACAAAACUAUCAACAUUUAUAGCUGGAUAUCGUUCAUUUCAAAUUGCAUUAACGAGAUCAUACAAUGUCGGUAAUUUCUUAGAGGAUUUGAAGCUACUUUAUCGGUCAUGUGGUGUACAAGGAAAAGGUACAACAUUUAUUUUCACUGACUUGGACAUAAAAGAAGAAGGAUUUUUAGAAUAUCUAAACAAUAUUUUGUCGUCUGGGGUAAUAUCGAAUUUAUUUACAAAGGAUGAACAACAGGAAAUUAUUUCGGAGCUUACUCCAAUCAUGAAACGAGAAAACCAAAAGCGGACUUUAACUAAUGAAUUGGUGAUGGAAUAUUUUCUUAACAGGACGUGUCAAAACCUUCAUGUUGUGCUAUGCUUUUCACCAGUAAGUGAAGCUUUUCGGUAUCGUGCGUUAAGAUUUCCUGCACUUAUAUCAGGAUGUACUAUUGAUUGGUUCCAGCCUUGGCCUAAAGACGCUUUAGUAUCAGUAGCUGAUCAUUUUCUCGCAGAAUUUGAAAUUGAAUGUAGUGUAGAGGUAAAGAAAGAACUGGUUACUGUACUUGGAACUAUACAGGAUGUAGUUUCACAAGUUUCUACUGAAUAUUUUCAAAGAUUUAGGAGAUCAUCACAUGUCACCCCGAAAUCUUAUCUAAGUUUUAUUGGUGGUUACAAAACCAUAUAUCAAAUGAAACAAAAAGAACUUGGCGACGGUGCUUUACGUAUGGAUACAGGAUUAGAAAAACUAAGAGAGGCUUCAAUAUCUGUUGAAGUAUUAAAGAAAGACCUAGCUGUCAUGGAACAAGAUUUAGCGUUAGCUUCUGAAAAGGCCGAUCGCGUUCUAUCUGAAGUUACUGAGAGGGCUAUGCAAGCUGAAAUAGUAAAAAAUCAAGUUCAAAUUGUUAAGGAAAAGGCAGAAGCCUUAGUAGCUUAUAUAGCUGAAGAAAAAGAAAAGGCUGAAAGAAAAUUAGAGGCAGCUAAACCUGCUUUAGAAGAAGCAGAAGCCGCUCUUAAUACUAUCAAACCAGCACAUAUUGCGACUGUAAGAAAAUUAGGCAGACCUCCUCAUCUUAUUAUGAGGAUUAUGGAUUGUGUGCUAAUAUUAUUUCAAAGAAGGCUACAUUUAGUUAUAUCAGAUACAGCUGCUCCAUGUCCAAAGCCAUCUUGGGCAGAGUCUCUAAAGAUGAUGGCAAGCACUACAUUUUUACUCCAACUACAAAAUUACCCCAAGGAUAUUAUAAAUAAUGAAAUGGUGGAACACUUACAACCCUAUUUUGAAAUGGAAGAUUAUAAUAUGGACACUGCUAAACGCGUCUGUGGUGACGUUGCUGGUUUAUUGUCUUGGACGAAGGCUAUGGCCUUCUUUCACAGUGUAAAUAAGGAGGUUCUACCUCUAAAAGCCAGUUUAAUGUUGCAAGAAGCAAGGUUGAAGAUAGCAAUGGAGGAUUUAGCAUCUGCCGAAAGACAGCUUGAAGAACGUGAAAUGUCACUACGCAAAGUCAAGGAACAAUAUGAGGCUGCUGUUUCUGAAAAACAACAACUUACAGAUGCAGCCAAUGUAUGUUUAAGAAAAAUGACAGCUGCUACUCAACUAAUAAAUGGUUUAGGAGGAGAAAAAAUAAGGUGGACUCAACAAAGCAAAGACUUUAAAGAGCAACUUGGUAGAUUAGUUGGUGAUGUAGUCUUAGCAACCGGAUUUUUGUCGUAUUGUGGACCUUAUAAUCAAGAGUUCCGAAAUAGUCUAUUUAAUACAUGGAUGGGAAUAUUGAAAAGCAAGCAUAUACCUGUUACGGACAAUUUAAAUAUCACAAAUAUGUUAGUUGAAAAUGCUACGAUAUCAGAAUGGACGUUACAAGGUUUACCGAACGAUGAGUUAUCAGUACAAAAUGCCUUAAUUGUGACAAAAUCCAGUUCUUAUCCCUUAUUGGUGGAUCCACAAAGCCAAGGAAAAAACUGGAUCAAAAAUAAGGAAAGUACUAAUGAACUACAAAUUACGUCACUUAAUCAUAAAUACUUUAGAACUCAUCUAGAAGAUAGUUUGUCACUAGGAAGACCACUCUUAAUAGAAGAUGUGGGGGUCGAUUUGGAUCCAGUUAUAGACAAUGUCUUAGAAAAGAACUUUAUCAAAUCUGGGUCAAUUGAAAAAGUAAUUGUAGGUGACAAGGAAUGCGAUGUCAUGCCUGGAUUUAUGCUUUAUAUUACCACAAAGCUACCCAAUCCACCCUACUCGCCAGAAAUAAGUGCAAAAACAUCAAUAAUUGACUUCACUGUGACUAUGCAAGGACUUGAAGAUCAAUUAUUAGGUCGCGUAAUUUUAAUGGAAAAGUCAGACCUGGAGGAAGAACGUGUAGCACUUUUUGAAUCUGUUAUGAAAAAUCAAAGAAGUAUGAAGGAACUUGAAAGUAAUCUAUUGUGUCGGUUAACAUCAUCUGAAGGGUCUUUAGUAGACGAUGAAGCUUUAAUUCAAGUUUUGCAAAUUACCAAAACUACUGCUGAAGAAGUAAAUGAAAAACUUAAAGUUGCAGAGGUUACUGAAAAGAAAAUUAUCAAAGCACGUGAGGAAUUCCGGGCAGUAGCAGCUCGAGGUUCUAUAUUGUAUUUUUUGAUUGUUGAAAUGAGUAAUGUAAAUCUUAUGUACCAAAACUCCUUAAAACAAUUUUUAAAUAUAUUCGAUAAUUCAAUAACGAAAUCGACUAAAAGUAAUGUUACUGAAGAUCGCAUAAAUAUAAUUCUAAAAUAUCUAACUCAUGAAGUAUGGGCUUUUACACUACGAAGUCUGUAUGAAAGGCAUAAAGCUUUAUUUACACUUAUGUUAGCUAUGAAAAUAGACUGCCAUAGAGGUCUCAUAUCUCACGACGAGUUUAUGGCAUUCGUAAAAGGAGGCGCUUCUUUAGAUCUGAAUGCAGUUACCCCAAAACCAUUUAAAUGGAUUUUAGAUAUAACUUGGCUAAACUUAGUAGAAAUCAGCAAGCUGAAUAUAUUUUGUGACGUACUACAGAAGAUAUCUACAAAUGAAAAGGAAUGGCGUGUAUGGUAUGAAAAAGCAAAGCCGGAAGAAGAAACGAUUCCGAGUGGAUAUCAAGAAAGUUUAGAUGUUUUUAGAAAAUUACUUUUGAUAAGAUCAUGGAGUCCAGACAGAACUUUGUCGCAGGCCAGAAAAUAUAUCGUUGAUUCCCUCGGUGCGGAAUAUGGCGAAGGAAGAAUACUUAAUUUAGAGACUACAUGGGCAGAAUCGGAACCUAGAACACCACUUAUAUGUAUCCUAUCAAUCGGUUCAGAUCCUUCAGUACAAAUUGCUUCUCUUGCAAAAUUUAAGGACAUCGUUCUCAAAGCGGUUUCAAUGGGUCAAGGACAAGAAAUUGUGGCCCGUAAAAUGAUAUCAGAUUCAAUGAAUGAUGGUGGAUGGGUACUACUUCAAAAUAUCCACUUGUCUCUACCAUUUUGCGUUGAAGCUAUGGAUGCUCUUAUUGAAACUGAACACAUACAAGAAUCAUUUCGAUUAUGGCUUACAACAGAAGUUCAUACAGAUUUUCCAAUAGGUCUCCUGCAAAUGGCCAUUAAAUUUACCAACGAACCGCCACAGGGAAUACGCGCAAGUAUGAAAAGGACUUACCAAAAUAUAACACAAGAUACCUUAGACUAUUCAUCGCUGCCCCAAUGGCCACCUCUACUGUAUGCUGUAGCAUUCUUACACACCAUCGUUCAGGAAAGAAGAAAGUUUGGACCACUGGGAUGGAAUAUUCCGUAUGAGUUUAAUCAAGCAGACUACGCCGCUAGUGUCCAAUUCAUACAAAAUCAUUUAGAUGAAAUCGAUCCUAAAAAGGGUAUAUCUUGGCCAACAAUUUGUUACAUGCUAGGAGAAGUUCAGUACGGAGGUAGGGUUACAGAUGAUUUUGACAAGCGCUUACUUACAACAUUUACAAACGUUUGGUUUUGUGAUGUAUUACUACGCCCAGGUUUUGAAUUUUACAAAGGAUAUAAAGUUCCUCAAACUCGCAACUUGCAGGGUUAUGUUGAUUAUAUAAAUCAGUUACCAUUGACUGAUACUCCAGAAGUAUUUGGUUUACACGGCAAUGCCGAUAUAACAUAUCAAAUUAAUAGCGCUAAGGAUAUUUUGGAUACUAUUUUAAGUGUUCAGCCAAAAGAAGGUGGUAGUCAAGGUGGAGAAACAAGAGAAAGUAUCGUUUACCGUUUAGCAGAAGAUAUGUUAGAAAAGUUGCCGAAGCAAUAUGUUACAUUUGAAGUAAGAGAAGCGUUGCAAAAAAUGGGUGCUUUCUUACCAAUGAAUAUUUUUCUAAGGCAAGAAAUAGAUCGUAUACAACGCGUUAUAAAAACUGUCCAUACUACAUUAUGCGAUCUUAAACUAGCAAUCGAUGGGACGAUUGUUAUGAGUCAAGGUCUACGUGAAUCCCUUGAUGCAAUGUACGAUGCACGUAUACCAUGCCAAUGGUCCAAAGUAUCGUGGGAAUCGGCUACUUUAGGUUUCUGGUACACUGAGCUACUCGAGCGUGAGCAACAAUACAGAGUUUGGCUCCGAAAUGGAAGACCGAGCUCUUUCUGGAUGACUGGCUUUUUUAAUCCCCAAGGAUUUCUCACUGCUAUGAGACAGGAAGUGACACGCAGCCAUAAAGGCUGGGCCUUGGAUUCUGUUGUUUUACAGAAUCAUAUUACAAAACUAAACCGAGAAGAUGUAAACGAAGGUCCGUCUGAAGGAGUUUAUGUUUACGGACUUUUUCUAGAAGGAGCCUCUUUGGACCGAAAAUCUGGAAAGCUGAUAGAAUCAAAACCUAAAGUACUCUACGAGCAAAUGCCUGUUAUUUACAUAUUUGCUAUAAACACAACUGCUGGGAAAGAUCCGCGACUUUAUGAAUGUCCGAUCUACAGAAAGCCACAGCGAACCGACGCAAAAUAUGUUGGCUCCAUUGACUUUGAGACAGACAGCAAUCCAAGACAUUGGACAUUACGAGGGGUUGCUUUGCUUUGUGACAUAAAAUAAAUCCAUCAAAAAAAGUA